CUCAUAUGUUUUUUGAGAAUUUUAUUAAUAAUCAUAGUCCCUGAGACAGUAUUUGAUGUUUAUUAUGUUUUAAAACCAUACCAAGGUCAUAAACCGUGGGUAACCUAAAUGAGAAGUGUUUUUCGUUGCUUGUUUUUGACUUACCUAAUUACUAGGUAAAAAAGCUAUUUAUUGACUAACUAGAAGCGUCUAUCCCUCAAGUGGUAGUGGUAUUUUAUAUAGACAGGAAAAUGAAUAAAGAAAAUAAUAGGAGUGCAGCUGGUCUGCGACGCUCAGCCAUUGCUGAAAGAAUCCGUCUGCGAGAAGAAUGGUCAGAACUGAAGGGAAAACCGGACCCGCUCAGUCCAAGCAACCGACUGCCAGGGAGACCCGUGACAAAGAAGAAACCAACGAUUGCGAAACGAAAUAAUGUCUUCAAAAAACCAGUCGUAACUAAUUCUAAUACAAAGAACAAUCUAGCAAGAGAUGUCUUGACUGCAAAAGUGGCCCAAAGCGUUGCGAUGUCAAGCGAAGUGCUGGUAGGCGUGGUAGCGCUGGUGGAAGUGGGGGCGGAGUCCCGCGCUCUGGCGCUGCGGGCGGCGCUCACUGCACUAGGGGCUUCGGUCGUGCCCGCUUGGAGCCCUAUCGUCACGCAUCUGGUCUGGGCUCAUGGCGGCUGCCGCGCCACCCGUGCUAAAGCCCGCGCGCUCGCAUCUCGGCUGGUGUCUCCUUUGUGGGUGGAGGCGUGCGCGGCAUCCAACAAGAGGCUGCCCGAGCAGGCCUUCCCAGCCGCCGCUAGGGCUUCGGACUUACCCUCGCCGAGGACGCUGAGACAGCUACUGAAAAAAGCCGAAAUGGAGAAUAUAUCCCUACUAGACUUGCUCUCCGACAAGGAAGACGACAAAGACAAGCCUCGCCUGAGGCUGUCAAGUGAGACUGAGCUCGACACAUCUGAAGAAAAGACCACGGAUACGUCUCACGACUCGUCGCGAGACCGAUCCACAGAUGCGUCGAGGGACAAGACUGACAUCGAAACUCGCGUGAACACCGCGCCGCGACGAGCCCUGCCUGUUUCCAUCAGUCCGGCGCCGCCUGCCAAGUCUAGAAGGAAACUCUUCACGCAGAAGGAGGCAGAGGAAACCAAGAAUACGGCUUCGGAUGAUGAGUCUGACGCAGACACCACCAACCCCCCCAAAGCGGCCAAGCCAACUCAGCGCUCGCGCAAGUGCCUGGCGCGCGCCGAGAGACUCGCUCGCAAACUGGUCGCCGCCGCCACGCCGCGCGUUGCCAGCGCCAACGUUGACAAGCCUAGGAUCGUGCUAACAGGCAUGGGUCGCAGCGAGCGUCAAGAGUUAUCAACCGCCAUCCGUUCCAUGGACGGUCGCAUCCAAGCGCACGUCACGAGAAAAACCACGCACGUACUACUCGGCUCGUGCCGUGAUGACGACGAAAAUCACUGCUCCGGUAUCGCUUCCAGUCACUUGAAUCCUAAACGCGGUGUAACAGUGACAAAGUGCAGUGACAGAACUAACGUGAACUGUGAUUAUUUAUCUGUGAAUAACUGUGAUAUAUCGGGAGUGACAAAUAUAAAUGAUUUGAGGCUAUCAGGUGUGACAAAUGAACCGUUGGUGGUACAUCGGAGUGAUAUUCAAAAGGCUAGGACUUUGAAUGCCUUGGCUGGGGCGGCUAGGGGUUGUAGAGUGUUGUAUGCCAAGUGGGCUACAGACUCUAAAGAAGCGGGGAAAUGGAUCCAUCACCACGGAUAUGAGGUGCCGCAUUUGAGAAAGAUUUCUCUGAAAGCGCGCAUAGAACGCUCCGCCCUAGGCCGUAUGCGUUCAGAAUACGCUUACGACAUUUUCAACGGCAUGAAAGUCCUUAUAACCCCCCAAACGGACCAAAAAGAUGCGGCCAUACAACUGCUCAAACUCUGCGGUGCUGUCGUCAUAGAUGGCAGCACCGGGCAACAUGGCGCCUUUGACAUGACGUUGGGUAGUUCAGAAGGGGAGGUCAGCUCAAAAUGGGUGUUUGACAGCGUGGCGGCUGGGAGAAUGAGAACCACGAGGCGAUAUGUGAAUAAUCCGCUGUCUUGUACGGUGAUUACUCAAAGUGAUAGGUGAUCAAGAUUUUGAUCAGUGUUGAUGA